AUGACUGAACCAAUCAAGACUAGACUCGGGGAGAUGUCCCAGGCCCCCACCCCCCAAAACACGCCUGCCUCCGUUACCGGGUCUUAUCUCAAGAACAACCCACCACCAACCAUCCCAAGCACCAUCAACGAGGAGAAUAACGAGGACUUGCACAAGCAGUUGAUGUCAAAUCCGCUACUGCUUUCCAUGAUCCAGAACAAGUUGGGAUCGCUUGUUGGUAAGGACUCUGGCUAUGUCGAGAACCUGCCCAAAUCAAUCAAGCAGCGUAUACACGGCUUGAAGUCUGUUCAGCAAAAGCAGUUUAAGAUUGAAGCAGAAUUUCAGUCAGAGCUCUUGGAGCUGGAGAAAAAGUUCCACAAGAAAUAUGAGCCACUGUUCAAGAGGAGGCAGGAUAUCAUCAUCGGUAUUGCCGAGCCAUCCGCAGAGGAGAUAGAGGAAGGUGAGGCUUUGUUAAAGGACGACGAAGACAAGGAAGAGGCCGAGGAGAAGAUCGAAGAGGUCAAGGAGGAAGAUGAAGAGUCCAAGGAGGAAGAUGAGGAAGACAUUGGUGAUGACGUUAAGGGAAUACCCAACUUCUGGCUGACUGCUCUUGGAAAUAUGACUCCUGUUUCCGAAAUAAUCUCGGACAGAGAUGCUGAGGUGUUGUACAAUUUGAUCAAUGUUAGAAUGGAGUACUUGGACACUCCUGGCUUCAAAUUGAUUUUCGAGUUCUCGGAAAAUGAGUUCUUUGCGAAUAAGUACCUCACAAAGUCCUAUUACUACCAGUCCGAACUGGGCUACUCUGGAGAUUUCAUCUACGACCACGCAGAGGGCUGCGCCAUUAAGUGGAAGGAUAACGACCACAACGUUACUGUUCACAUCGAAAGGAGAAAGCAGAGGAACAAGCAUACCAAGCAGGUGAGAACGAUAGAGAAGGUGGUCCCAACUGAUUCUUUCUUCAACUUCUUCGAUCCACCAAAGGCCCCUAAAUCUAAGGCUGAAGAUGAGGAUUCUCCAGACGUUGAAGGCGCCGAAGCCGAAGAUUCGGAUGCCGAAGAGGAAGAUGACGACCUUGAGGAGAGACUGGAGAUGGACUACCAACUCGGAGAGCUCAUGAAGGAUAAGUUGAUUCCCAGAGCCGUUGAUUGGUUCACUGGCGAGGCUUUGCAAUACGAAAUCGGCGAUGCAGAUGAGUUUGAGGAGGAGGAUUACGACUCCUUUGACUCUGAAGAGGAUGACGACGAGGACUCCGACGACGACGAUGAUGACGAGGACGAGAAUGCAAAGCCCAAGUCCCAGCCUGCUGAGUGCAAGCAAACUUGA